AUGUCAGACUCCUUCAAGGAUAUGGGGAGGAGGUACAGGCUGCGGGGUGCUGGGCCUGCGGUCUCCACUUCCUGUGUCCUCCAGAAGUUCCCGGGAGUGGUGUUCACCUGGUCCAUGUGGUUGCUGUGUGUCUCUCUCUUCACCAUCCGGCCUGAGGAACACAUGGUGGCUGCAGGAAGCUGCCAGUUUCAUGGCAGGCAUCCCAAAACCAGGUUCAAGGUAGAAGGGGAGCCUGUGGCCAUGAGGUGCCCCCAGGGGCCAUACUGGGACUCUACUACCACCCACGUCAGUGUGACAUGGCGUAGAAACAACUCCGCCACGAUGGUCCCAGGGGAGGAAGAGCUGCGAGUGUGGGUCCAGGACGGCAGCCUGUGGAUUGUACCAGCCUCGCGGGGGGACUCUGACACCUACAUCUGCACUGUCAGAAAUGCCUCUUACUGUGACGAAAUGUCCGUUGAGCUCAGGGUUUUUGAGAAGACAGAAGCUUCCCUGCCUCUCAUCUUCUACCCGCAAAUUAUAACCUUGUCAGCCUCUGGGUUAUUAGUUUGUCCUGAUCUGAGUGAAUUCAUCGGGAACAAAACUGACGUGAAGAUUCGAUGGUACAAGGAUUCUGUCCCUUUGGAUCAAGACAACGAGAAAUUUCUAAGUGUGAGGGGAACUCGCUUACUGGUAAACAAUGUGUCUCUGGAGGACGCGGGCUAUUAUCAGUGUGCCAUGACGUUUGCCCACAGAGGCAGGCAAUACAACAUCACCAGGAAUAUCAAACUCCGUGUUAAGAAAAGAGAAGAGGAGACGAUUCCCGUGAUCAUCUCCCCCCACCAGACCAUCUCAGCUUCGCUGGGGUCGAGACUGACAAUCCCGUGUAAGGUGUUUCUGGGAGCUGGCAUACAGGCGACCACCUUGCUGUGGUGGACUGCCAACAACACACACGUAGAGGAUGCCUACAAGGGGGGCCGCGUGACCGAGGGGCAGCGCCAGGAAUACUCAGAAAAUAACGAGAAUUACAUUGAAGUGCCCCUGAUUUUCGAUCCAGUCGUAAGAGAGGAUUUGCACACGGAUUUUAAAUGUGUUGUCCGUAAUACAAUGAGUUUCCAGAUGCUUCGUACCACAGUCAAAGAAGCUGCCAUGUUCUCCUGGGAGAUUACACUGGCCCCCCUUUCCCUCAUCUUCUUGGUUUUGGGGGGAAUAUGGAUGCACAGACGGUGUAAACGCAGAACUGGAAAAGCCUAUGAUUUGAUGAUGGAGUUAAAGACCAGCCAUCAGAUUCUCAAUCCUAUCCGAGUAAAAUAA